AUGGGAUGUUCACAUGAUAUAGCACAACAACAACAUAGAGCUCAGAUCAAAUGUUUAGACGCAUUCGAAGCGAAGCGACGUGUUGAUCAAUACAAGCACUUCCCAGAUAUAUCAAACGAAGAACCCUCUGCCAAGCGACCACUCUAUUGGCACGGUUGUCUAAUCAGUAGCGUUGCAGCAAGACUCAAGAAUGGUGUACAGAAGAUGCACAACAAGUAUACUCCAUAUCCUGCGAUAUCAUUAUGGGACAAUGUAAUUGGAUGUACAGAGAGCAUUGACAUGCUGCGAUUCAAGGAUAACAAACCAAACAUGGGCAUAUUGAUGUUGUUCGAGGUUAACUACAAGGUGAAGAAGAUACCCGUCUCCAUUACAAUUGAUCCUGGCGUAAAGAAUAGUGACUAUCAAUCAGCUGUUCAGAGAUAUGAUGAGGACGAGGACACGGACGAUGAGUCUCAGGUGGCUGCUCCACCACAAAUCAAACUACAGGCACAGCAAUCGGUGAUUGACAAGCCCAAAUAUGUAUAUUGUAACGCGAUCAAAGACAAGAUAGAGCUCAAUGAGAUGAUGCAAGUGACUGGAAAGUAUUCCCCUGACCCUUCAGGCAAUAUUCAAGAGGGAAACAUAUAUGUACCACUUGGAAAGAUGGUACCAUCAACAGAGGUCAAUCAGACUCAUGGAUGGCUAGAUGGCCAUCUAAAGCUGAAGCUAAGGUACUUGGUUGUGGUUGAGGCAAGCCCAGCCAAGCACACUCCAAAGUUCACAACAUCAUCAUCGGCAUCGUCGUCAUCUGGUCCAUCAAUCAAUCAAUCAACAUCUUCACAAUCUUCAUUAUCAUCAUCAACAUCUAGACAAACUACAAACACAAACAAGAAACUGAAUAAUGAUGAUAUUUGGUCAAAGACAUUAGUGAAGAAAAGGAAAGGUGAUGACAAUGAUGACAACGAUGACACUGAUGAUGAAUCAUCAUCAUCGCCACGUGAUACCAAAGAUGACAAUCCAAGGAAGAAACAAAGGAAUUAA